AGGAAACGUGUGUUCAGUGUUUCCUUUCAGAGUUUCCACGCCGAGCCGUAAACACAUGGACUGAUCAGAGAGACGCUGCGGAGCCAGAAUGCGGGUCGAAAAGUGUUAUUUCUGCUCGGGGCCGGUUUACCCUGGACACGGCAUGAUGUUUGUCCGCAACGACUGCAAGGUAUUUAGAUUUUGCAAAUCAAAAUGUCACAAAAACUUCAAGAAGAAGCGCAAUCCAAGGAAGACCAGGUGGACCAAAGCAUUCAGGAAAGCUGCUGGCAAGGAAUUGACAGUGGAUAACUCACUAGAGUUUGAACAGCGCAGAAAUAUUCCAGUCAAAUACAACAGGACCUUAUGGAGCAAGACAGUGGAAGCAAUGAAGAAGGUAGAGUCUAUCAAACAGAAACGACAGGCUCGGUUUAUCAUGAACAGACUGAAGAAGGGCAAAGAGCUGGAGAAGGCAGAAGCCAUCAACGAAGUCAAGAAGAACAUCCACCUCAUCAAAGCACCACAUGCAGGAGAAGCCAAAAAGCUGGAGGAGAAGAUGGUGCAGAAGUUGGCAGAAGACGUGGAAAUGGAUGAUUAAAUGUUGCUUCACAGCUCAGAUGAUCUCAAAACUAAUGGGACAUUUUAAGAGAACACCUAAGCUUCACAUCCUUAACAGCACCCAUCUCAAGAGAUAUCGCUCCUGUAACUGUCAGACCUGUUCAGAAAGCGCAGCUACCAGCUCCCAAAGCGCACUGCUGUGGAUAUCUAUUGGAAUCUAGGCAAGGUGGAAAAACUUUGUGUUUGUUGACAGAUUUAGGUUUAAGAUUUGACCCAAAACCGGCUUUGUGUUUCUGCAAAAGCAGUAUUGUAGAAAUGGCCAACAAUGAAUGCAAUUUAAUGUGUUUUGUUUUGACGAUGUCUAAAUGACAUUAGUUUUCAUUCACUGUUGGCCACAAACACUGGCUAAUUGGCCUGAUAUUCUCCUGUGUAAGAGUAGAUGAAAUAUCCCUGUAAAGAAAGUUGCCUUGCAUGCCCUCCGAGCUUUUUAUUUCUGUUUGGUAACUUCACCUUUUGUCAAUAACAAUAUAAUGUGACAUUUUAACAAUAUAAAGUAUGUAAUGAAACACCGUUGUGUGGUAA